UUUCUGUCGGUCAAUUCGAUCUGAGUCUCUUUCUAUUUAGUUCUGAAUCUUCUGAUAUUGUUUCAUUCCUUGGUGGGAAUUGUUGAAUUGGUGUAGUGCUAAAUCUGUCUCUUUCUCUCACUUUCUUUGUGAGCUUUCAAGUUUGGGGAUUUUGAUCCAGUUUUGGGCAUCAAUGCCCAAGAAUUUUGUUUGAGGUUGUUCAGAAUCUGAGUGAUCCAUCUGUUUUGGUGGCAAAAAUCACAUUUUUAAGGUCUUAUACAGAUCCGAGCUUCAAUUUCUGUACAAAAAACGGAGCUGCUUCUGAAGUGGGACAAGGAGUGGAUUAGGAGAGUAAUCUUCCAAACUGAUCUUCUCAACAAUUAGGAAGUGCAUAAGGUUUUUGAGUAAUGUGUGUAUCUUGUUGAAAGCUUGAACUAUCGUUUGAUCCCUUUUUGCCAUCUGGGCUGAGCUAAGUAGGAACCGAUGAUGGAGUCAGAAGGAGAAGCUGGGGCAAAGCCAAUGAAGGCAUUAGGUGGCGAAGUCUGCCAGAUCUGUGGUGAUAAUGUUGGGAACACUGUGGAUGGUGAACCAUUCAUUGCUUGCGAUUUUUGUGCUUUCCCUGUCUGCAGACCCUGCUAUGAGUACGAAAGGAAGGAUGGGAAUAAGUCUUGCCCCCAAUGCAAAGCCCGGUACAAGAAGCACAAAGGUAGUCCUGCAAUUCUCGGAGACCAGGAAGAGGAUGGUGGUGCUGAUGUUGGUGCUAGUGACUUCAAUUACAAUUCAGAAAAUCAGAACCAAAAGCAGAAAAUUGCAGAACACAUGUUGAGCUGGAAAAUGGCAUAUGGGCGAGCUGAGGAAGUUGGUGCUCCAAAUUAUGAUAAGGAAGUUUCUCACAAUCACAUUCCUCUGCUGACAAGUGGACAAGAGGUAUCUGGAGAAUUAUCUGCAGCCUCACCUGAGAGGCUGUCAAUGGCAUCUCCUGGAGUUGGUCAGGGGAAGCGUGUCCAUAAUCUUCCGUAUUCAUCUGAUGUCAAUCAAUCACCAAAUAUUAGGGUUAUGGAUCCAGGAUUGGGCAAUGUAGCAUGGAAAGAAAGAGUUGAUGGCUGGAAAAUGAAGCAAGAUAAGAAUGUUGUUCCAAUGAGCACAGGCCAAGCUACUUCUGAAAGAGGAGCUGGAGAUAUUGAUGCUAGUACUGAUGUGCUUGUGGAUGAUUCCUUGUUGAAUGAUGAAGCUCGGCAACCUCUCUCCAGGAAGGUCUCUAUUCCAUCGUCUAGGAUAAAUCCAUAUCGUAUGGUCAUUGCCUUGCGGCUGGUUAUUCUCUGCAUUUUUUUGCAUUAUCGAAUAACAAAUCCUGUGCCCAAUGCAUUUGCGUUGUGGUUGAUAUCAGUUAUAUGUGAGAUUUGGUUUGCCAUAUCUUGGAUAUUGGAUCAGUUCCCGAAGUGGCUCCCUGUGAACCGUGAAACAUAUCUUGAUAGGCUUGCAUUAAGAUAUGAUCGGGAAGGGGAACCAUCACAGCUAGCAGCUGUUGACAUUUUUGUCAGUACUGUUGAUCCAUUAAAGGAGCCCCCACUUGUGACUGCCAAUACUGUACUGUCUAUUCUUGCUGUUGACUACCCGGUGGAUAAGGUCUCCUGUUAUCUCUCUGAUGAUGGUGCUGCUAUGUUAACAUUUGAAGCUUUGGCUGAGACAUCAGAAUUUGCAAGGAAAUGGGUUCCCUUUGCUAAGAAAUAUAGUAUUGAACCCCGGGCACCUGAGUGGUAUUUUGCAAAAAAGAUUGACUACUUGAAAGAUAAGGUUCAACCAUCAUUUGUCAAAGAUCGUAGAGCAAUGAAGAGAGAAUAUGAAGAAUUUAAAAUUCGUGUCAAUGGACUUGUUGCCAAGGCACAAAAGGUUCCUGAUGAAGGAUGGGUGAUGCAAGAUGGUACGCCAUGGCCUGGAAACAACACCAGAGACCAUCCAGGAAUGAUCCAGGUUUUCUUGGGCCAAAGUGGAGGACUUGACACUGAGGGUAAUGAACUUCCACGUUUAGUUUAUGUUUCUCGUGAAAAGCGUCCAGGGUUCCAACAUCACAAGAAGGCUGGUGCCAUGAAUGCACUUGUUCGAGUAUCAGCCGUCCUUACUAAUGGACCUUUCUUAUUGAAUCUUGAUUGUGAUCACUACAUAAACAAUAGCAAGGCCUUGAGGGAAGCUAUGUGUUUUAUGAUGGAUCCCAACCUUGGGAAAAAUGUUUGCUAUGUCCAGUUUCCACAGAGGUUUGAUGGUAUUGAUAGGAAUGAUCGAUAUGCUAAUCGUAAUACUGUUUUCUUUGAUAUAAAUUUGAGAGGUUUGGAUGGCAUUCAAGGCCCUGUUUAUGUGGGUACUGGAUGUGUCUUCAAUAGAACAGCUUUAUAUGGUUAUGACCCUCCUAUUAAGCCCAAGCAUAAGAAGCCUGGGUUGCUUUCUUCACUCUGCGGUGGAAAUCGAAAUAAGAGCUCAAAAUCUAGCAAGAAAGGCUCAGACAAGAAAAAAUCUAGCAAGCAUGUUGACCCUACUGUGCCCAUCUUCAGUCUAGAGGAUAUAGAAGAAGGGGUAGAAGGUGCUGGAUUUGAUGAUGAGAAAUCACUACUCAUGUCACAAAUGAGUCUCGAGAAAAGGUUUGGUCAGUCUGCUGUUUUUGUUGCCUCUACACUUAUGGAAAAUGGAGGUGUUCCUCAGUCUGCUACUCCAGAAACUCUUCUUAAGGAGGCAAUACAUGUUAUCAGCUGUGGUUAUGAGGAUAAAACAGAAUGGGGAAGUGAGAUAGGAUGGAUUUAUGGUUCUGUCACAGAAGAUAUUCUUACUGGAUUUAAGAUGCAUGCCCGUGGUUGGAGGUCCAUAUACUGCAUGCCUAAGCUUGCAGCAUUUAAAGGUUCUGCUCCUAUCAAUCUUUCAGAUCGUCUUAAUCAAGUGCUUCGUUGGGCUUUAGGAUCAGUGGAAAUUCUUCUAAGUCGACACUGUCCCAUCUGGUAUGGUUAUAGUGGAAGGCUAAAGUGGCUUGAGAGGUUCGCAUAUGUGAACACCACAAUUUAUCCAAUCACUUCCAUUCCCCUUCUCAUGUAUUGUACCUUACCCGCAGUCUGUCUCCUCACUAACAAGUUCAUUAUUCCACAGAUUAGUAACAUUGCGAGUAUAUGGUUUAUCUCUCUCUUUCUUUCCAUCUUUGCAACGGGCAUCCUUGAGAUGAGGUGGAGCGGUGUUGGAAUUGAUGAGUGGUGGAGAAAUGAACAAUUUUGGGUUAUUGGUGGUGUUUCAGCCCAUCUUUUUGCUGUGUUCCAAGGUUUACUCAAAGUGCUUGCUGGAAUUGACACUAACUUCACGGUUACCUCAAAGGCAUCAGAUGAAGAUGGAGACUCUGCAGAACUCUACAUGUUUAAAUGGACAACACUUCUCAUUCCACCCACAACUCUUCUCAUCAUAAACCUUGUGGGGGUUGUUGCAGGGAUCUCUUAUGCCAUUAACAGUGGAUACCAAUCAUGGGGUCCCUUGUUUGGUAAGCUUUUCUUUGCAUUUUGGGUGAUCAUCCAUCUAUAUCCCUUCCUCAAAGGUCUCAUGGGACGCCAGAACAGAACACCAACCAUUGUUGUGGUCUGGUCCAUUUUGCUUGCAUCCAUUUUCUCUCUGCUAUGGGUCAGAAUUGACCCUUUUACAACAAGAGUCACUGGUCCUGAUGUUGAGCUGUGUGGAAUUAACUGCUAGAGAAAUUAAAGCUGGCAGAUUGAAUAACUUGUCACUCACCUGGCUCAACCAACAACAAAAGCUUGGUGGAAAUGUUGUGAUUGUCUAGCAAUUCUUUUGUUUACAGCUUUUGAAUUUUUUUUUUCUCAUGCAUGUUUAAAUUAUGUGCUGUUGAUGGUUGAUAAAGAAGAAAUUAAAUUAGAAUUGAAUUGUGUAAGAUUGUUAUUUUUUUGUAAUAUUU